ACAGAAGAAUCAAGCAGCAGAAGCGGCAAGUACAGUUAUGAUAAAGAUCCAACUACUCUUGCUCUUACUAUUACUACUAGUUCUAGUCCUAUUAUGCAGCCAAGCUAAAGAAGCAGAGGCAGAGGCAGAGUCAGAGGUAUCUCAAAGUAUAAAAAAAUGGGUCCUGGAAGUGGAGAAAGAGGCACAACAACCUUUUCAUCUUCAGCUGCAAGCAAUAUCAUGAAGCCAAACAUUAACAACGACAAGGAUAAAAGAGACAAAGCAAUUGCUCAGUACAAUGCUGAUGCUGGGCUGUUGGCUGAGUUUGAGCAGUCUGGUGAGUCUGGUAAGUCCUUUAACUACACAAGAUCAGUGUUGCAUGGUCCACAAUCUGUGCCUGAACAACAAAUAACUGCUUAUCUCACAAAAAUCCAAAGGGGUGGUCAAAUUCAGCCCUUUGGUUGUAUGCUUGCAAUUGAGGAACCCACUUUUAGAAUUAUCAGUUAUAGUGAGAACUGCUUUCAGUUGUUGGGUUUGACUUUAGACACUCAAUUUGAGUCAAAACAGUUAAAUGGUCUGAUUGGAACCGAUGCUAGAACCUUGUUUACGCCUUCUUCUGGAGUUUCUUUGACGAAAGCUGCCUCUUCUAGGGAGAUGUCUCUGUUAAACCCGGUUUGGGUCUACUCCAGGAGUACCCAGAAGCCAUUUUAUGCUAUAUUGCAUAGAAUUGAUGUGGGGAUUGUGAUUGAUUUGGAGCCUGCGCAGUCUGGUGAUCCUGUAUCGUUCCUUGCAGGGGCAGUGCAGUCACAGAAACUGGCGGUUCGGGCGAUUUCUAGGCUGCAGUCACUCCCUGGGGGAGAUAUAGGUGUGUUAUGUGAUACAGUUGUGGAGGAUGUUCAGAAGCUCACUGGGUAUGACAGGGUUAUGGUUUAUAAGUUCCAUGAAGAUGAUCAUGGUGAAGUUGUGUCUGAAAUCAGAAGGUCGGAUUUAGAAUCCUACUUGGGUUUACAUUAUCCUGCUACAGAUAUCCCUCAAGCUUCCCGUUUCUUAUUCAAGCAGAAUCGAGUAAGGAUGAUUUGUGAUUGCCAUGCAAAAUCUGUAAGGAUCAUUCAGAGUGAAGAACUAAAGCAGCCUCUUUGCUUGGUCAAUUCAACUCUUCGUUCCCCACAUGAAUGUCACGCACAAUAUAUGGAUAAUAUGGGCUCUAUUGCCUCAUUGGUAAUGGCAAUUAUCAUCAAUGCUAAUGAUUCAUCGAAGCUUUGGGGAUUGGUAGUGUGCCACCACACCUCCACCCGCUAUGUCCCUUUCCCCCUUCGGUAUGCUUGUGAGUUCCUUAUGCAGGCAUUUGGGCUUCAGCUAUACAUGGAGCUUCAACAGGCAUCACAAUUGGCAGAGAAGAAAAUUCUCCGAACGCAAACCUUACUAUGUGACAUGCUCCUCCGGGAUGCUCCAUUUAGUAUUGUGACACAAUCUCCUAGUAUCAUGGAUCUUGUUAAGUGUGAUGGGGCUGCAUUGCUCUAUGGUGGGAAAUGUUGGUUAUUGGGUGUUACUCCAACUGAAUCACAGCUGAAAGAUAUUGUAGAGUGGCUGCUCACUAAUCAUGGGGAUUCUACGGGGUUGAGCACAGAUUGUUUGGCCGAUGCUGGUUACCCAGGUGCUGCUUCACUGGGUGAUGAAGUUUGUGGCAUGGCUACUGCAAGAAUCACUUCAAAGGAUUUCUUGUUCUGGUUCAGGUCUCACACUGCAAAGGAAGUAAAAUGGGGAGGAGCCAAGCAUCAUCCAGAGGAAAAAGACGAUGGCAGAAAAAUGAACCCAAGAUCAUCGUUUAAUGCUUUUCUUGAAGUAGUAAAAAGUAGAAGCUUGCCUUGGGAGGUUUCAGAAAUUAAUGCAAUUCAUUCUUUGCAGCUUAUUAUGAGAGACUCAUUUCAGGAUAUGGAGGACAGCAAUUCUAAGGCAUUGAAGUUCAUUCAGCAGAAUGAUACUGAGAUACAGGGGAUAGAUGAACUCAGUUCAGUGGCAUGUGAAAUGGUCAGAUUGAUUGAAACAGCAACAGUUCCAAUUUUUGGGGUUGAUUCAGCUGGUCUCAUCAAUGGAUGGAAUGUAAAAAUUGCUGAAAUGACAGGAUUACAAGCUAGUGAUGCUAUAGGGAAGUCCCUGGCCAAUGAAGUGGUUUAUGAGGACUCAUGCAGAACGGUUGAAAAUCAUCUAUCUAGAGCUUUGCAAGGUGAGGAGGAUAAAAACAUUGAAUUAAAGUUGAAAAACUUUAGGUCUGGUCAGCAAAUGUCAGUUGUAUACAUUAUGGCUAAUGCCUGCACAAGUAGGGAUUAUGAAAACAAUGCUGUUGGAGUGUGCUUUGUGGGUCAAGAUAUUACAUCUGAGAAAGUUGUUAUGGAAAAAUUCAUCCGCUUGCAAGGUGAUUAUAAGGCUAUCAUACAAAGUCUGAAUCCAUUGAUUCCGCCCAUAUUUGCUUCCGAUGAGAAUGCCUGCUGCUGUGAAUGGAAUCCAGCCAUGGAAAAGCUAACCGGUUGGACGAGAGAUGAAGUUAUGGGUAAAAUGCUCCCUGGGGAAAUCUUUGAUGGUUUCUGUCAGCUGAAAGAUCAAGAUACACUGACUAAAUUUAUGAUUUUAUUGUAUCGAGGAAUUAGUGGUCAAGAAACGGAGAAGUUCCCUUUUGGAUUUUUUGAUAGAAAUGGAAAAUUUGUGGAGGUGUUCUUAACAGCAAACAAGAGGACUGAUGCAGGUGGAAAUGUAAUUGGUUGUUUUUGCUUCUUACAGAUUGUUGUGCCUGACCUGCAGCAGGCCUUAGAAGGACGCAGGCAGGAGGAUAAAGAAUGCUUUUCAAAAUCAAAGGAGUUGGCUUACAUCCGACAAGAGAUGAAAAAUCCUCUAAAUGGUAUUCGCCUUGCCCACAGCCUUCUUAAAACUACAGCUGUUUCAGAACAUCAGAAGCAAUUUCUUGACACUAGUGACGCAUGUGAAAGACAGAUCAUGACACUCAUCGAUGACAUGGAUUUCAGAAGUAUAGAGGAAGGCAGUAGCUUGCAGUUAAACAUGGAAGAAUUUCUCUUGGGAAAUGUUUUGGAUGCCAUUGUUAGUCAAGUUAUGAUAUUGCUGAGAGAAAGAAGCUUACAGCUUUUUCACGAGAUUCCAGAAGAAAUCAAAACACUAUCUCUAUAUGGUGAUCAAAUUAGGCUUCAACUGGUCUUGUCAGAUUUCCUGCUUAAUGUGGUGAAUCAUGCACCUUCUCAAGAGGGCUGGGUGGAAAUCAAAAUAUCACCUGGUCUGAAGGUUAUACAAGAUGGCAAUGAAUUUAUCCAUUUACAAUUGAGAUUCUUCAGGGAGAAACCUUCUAGCUUUUGGCCUACCUUUAUGAAACCUUUUGAUGGAACCAUAUGCUCAUUCAAAAGAAUGACUCACCCUGGUCAAGGCCUUCCUUCUGCUCUUAUCCAAGAUAUGUUUGAGGGAGGAAACCAGUGCUCAACACAGGAAGGCUUUGCGCUCAACCUCUCUCGAAAACUUCUCAACAGGAUGAAUGGUCAGGUUCGCUAUGCUAGAGAGCAUAGUCGAUGUUAUUUCCUCAUUGACCUGGAACUUAAAACAAGGAAAGAAAGGCAAAAGAGACUCAUGGACAGAUAAAGGCAGCACAACUUAACUUUCCCAUUUCCCGAACUACUGUUAUAAUAUUUAGGGUUCAGGAAGAUUAUCUGCAAGGGCACCUCAAUUGUGCAUGGAUAUGUCAACAAAUUUCUGGUGAACUCUUCGUGGUUUGUCAAAACGCCCUUCCCAUUUGGUUAGUUUUGACAAUUAAGCCUAUCCAUUGCCAUACAAACUGUUUCCUCACUGUAUGCCACCCAAUUUGAGGUAGUAUCGAUAUGUAUAUUGACUCUCCAGCUUAAAAAAUGUAUUGCAGGCAACAUGUCAGAUUCACUAUUCAAGGCGCAUAGCAUGAAUGUCUCUUUAAUUUCAGGAUUUA